UCUCGUUGUUAUUUUAAAACAAGAAUUCAUCAAAAAAAUGAGAAAAAUAUUGUGAAAAGACGGAAGAGACUUGCCCGAUGUUUACGCCGCCAUCUUGUUUCCUAUUGUACUUCCCCAACGUUCGCGAUUAUUUUACAAGUUGUUCAUUUUGCUACAUCAAACUAGGCCUACAUGCAUUUAGACUUUUUUAGUGACUGGUUUAGAAUAUGUUAGACAGGAAUAGCCGUUGUUUCUUGGGAUUUAUUUAACAAUUUCUGACAUUUUAGUAUAGUAACAAUUUCUGACAUUUUAGUAUAGUACUGUAUAUAUAGCCUAAGCUAGGAUCAUGAAUUGGUGAGUGGAGCCAACGCAGUUCAGCAGAACAACCAAAUACAGAGACUGAAACUUUUGGUCUAGUUUAGAAGUAGAACUUGGAUUUGGAGUAACUUUACAAAUUACAAUUCAAUGAAUUGAUUUCAUGGAUAGAUCACACUGUAGACGUAGUGUAACAUUAGUGUUAGAACGAGGCAUCACAGUCACACUUCAGUUCCUGACAUUGGAUUCUAAAGGUAAGCCUAGAACUUUACAGAAGUGUGUCAAGUGAAGGUUGCAAUAAUUGCAUACUUUCGCCAACGCUCCAAUUGUCAUGAGCAAUGAAUUUGGUUCUGUAAGACGGUAACUGUAGAGGAAGAGAUCUCCUGGCUCUACAAUCGAAGAAAUUCCUGACGUAGUCUUCGGUGAUGAUCUUAGACUCGCAUACAGUCGAUGUCUAUAGGAGCUAAGAAAGCUAUCGGAUGCUGUUGGGGUGAAUGUCGGACAAAAGAAGUGGAUUGAUAGUAGAACACCAAACAUGCCAGGAAUCCUUCAUCCUCUUAAAUAUCACUUCGUUAGCUAAUCCCCCAAUCAAGGAAAACUGACAUUGGUCAUUCAAGACCCAGAAGGUAAAGGUAUAUCAAGCUGGGAGAAGCUGGCUGCCACUAAGUUCGAUAAAAUCAUUUCAUAAUUAAAAUUGAAGCAAUCAAUAAACACCUUCUACAGACAGGUUCAUGAAAUCUGUUGGAUCACCACCAGUGUGCUUUUAAAUGGGAAGGCCCCCCUUGCAAGCAUUUUACUAUGUAUGCAAGUGUGGGUGUGGGUGCAUGUGCGUUUGCCCCUGGAUUUAUACAAAUUGAAAGUUGUUGUAAAAUGCGUGAUUGAAUAAUCAAAUCGUUGAAGCUAAUUAUUUUUCUGUCUUUAAGAGAUCCCACAACAAAACGAAUCGAUGAAAAUACAAAGAAAUAGCCUACAUAAAUUCAAAGAACAAUGAAAUAUAUUGUAUUUUAAGGGCCAUACAAUUAUUCAUAAAGAUGCAAAUGCUAUUUGUACCAAAAAUUAUAAACGUAGAACUGAAAUUAUCAAAUGAUAGCAUGAUAUUGCCAAAUAUGCAUAAAUUUGCAAAAUUAAUUAACCGCUGCAAACAGUGUAUGCAGGAUUUUGCAGCAUUCAUAACCUACAUGUGAUCCUUCAAGAACUUUUUCUUCUUCAUUACUAUGCAGGUAUACUGUCAAGGCAGAAUGGCUGUUUCUCCAUCUCUGGUGACAUGGUGUACUGAAGAGCUUAAUCGUCUACUUGCAUCAGAUGUGACUCCUGAGUGGGUCAGUUAUCUCCUUGAUAUUCAGGAUGAUCAGGAGCUUGAAGAAUAUCUAUGCCAACUUCUAGAUAACUCUGAUGAAAGUAGCACAACAUUCAUAGAAGAAUUAAUGAAAAGAAGAAGCAGUGGGCCGGCUCUUCCAAAGAACUUCACUGUUUAUAGAAAAUCUUCAACUCAAGAAGAUUUGAAAAAGGACACCUCAAAGCACAAAGGCAAAUCAAAAAGCAAGGAGAAAAGAACAGUUCUCGAGGCAGUUUCACCAUCAAAUCUGAAAUCUAAUACAUCAUCUCAAUUACCAUUACAAAUCCAGCCAAAUCAGCUCCAACAACAACCGACCGGCAAUGGCCUCACCCAUGAGGUGGAUGAUCAUGCUCUAGCCCUUCAACAAGGGGCCCGACGGAAGACCAAAUUUGUUUCACUCUACAGCCAGGAAGGUGAAGCCCGUACCGCCAUUCACCUUCCCGGACGUCAUCCUUGUGAGUGCCAGGCUCACAAGCAUGCCUUAGUCUCAAACUGUCUAGAGUGUGGGAGAGUGGUAUGCAGUCAGGAGGGGUCAGGCCCAUGUUUGUUCUGUGGUGCUUUGGUGUGCAAUAAAGAGGAGCAAGAGAUUCUGGCCAGGAAUUCCAAGAAGAGUGAUAAGUUACGGAAGAAGCUGAUGGGAGAGACCCUUGUCAAUGGUGACGCGCCACCUCAGAAACCAUCGGGCAAAAACCCAAGCAGUAUCGACCGAGCCAUAGCACACAAAGACAAGCUUAUUGAGUUUGAUAAAACAAGUGUAAGGAGAACCAAGGUCCAUGAUGACCAAUCGGACUACUUCUCUAGUGACACGAAUCAAUGGCUGAGCACCAAAGAGCGAACUGAACUCAAGAAAAGGGAAGAGGACCUUCGGGAGAAGAAACAUGGUUCCAGACUAAACAAGAAUUUCACCCUGGACUUUGCAGGGAGGAAGGUUGUUGAGGAGGAGGUGGAGGAGAUGUACAACAGCCAGGAUGAGGUUGUACAGAGGGUUAUCUUUGGAAAUAAACCGAGAGGCGAGGAAGUGUCGAGGGGAGGGCAUGAUGCCACAAUAUUGAACCCCAGCAUUACAAGAGAGGCUCCCAAGUUUGUUUCCAAUGUACCCACCAACUUACACCAAGGAUCAAGCAAUCAGAUAUCAUCAAGAGAAGGAUCAUCGAGAACCAACCAUCGAGUUCAAGAUAAAGAAUUAAUGGAAAUGUCUGAUGAAGGACAGUGUCUCAGCAUGCAUCAACCAUGGGCAUCGUUGCUCGUUGCUGGUAUAAAGAAGUAAGUCCAAUUUCAUAUCAGGUAGCAGCACCUGCCACCCAUGACAGUAUCUUAUCAUGUAUCUACAUUGGGCAUCGUUACUUGUGGCUGGUAUGAAGAAGUGAGUCCAAUUUUAUAUCAGGUAGCAGAACAACAGUUGCAUCUAUUCAAUCGAGGGGGAGUGGUGCCCCCCUGCCUUGCCUUUGCUAUAUAAAGUGACUAAGACUUUUGUGAACUUACCAUAUUGAUACGCCUUUGCUCUGUUACAUUUAUUAUCAUUGGGUGUGUCAAACCUGGAGGUCGGGGAUUCAAGCCCCAUCCGCUUCAGACCAAAAUACGUUAAAAGAUCGGAGAUGCUGCUACACUGUUAGAGUUCAACGAUGUAAAAGAUAGAGCAACAUCGAUCUCACGCUGCACAGUAGCUGCUGGGCCAAUGAUCACUUGGGCAAAAUGAGUUUUCGUAGUAUUUCUAUUUCAGAUUUUAUUUCAAACAAUAAAUAUGGAUUUUAAUUUUAAAAAACAUCUC